AUGACCCCUACACAUUUCGCCUUUUCCUCUACCUUUCUUCUAGGCCUAGCAGGCCUGGCAUUCCACCGAACCCAUCUUCUUUCCGCUCUUUUAUGUUUAGAAGGUAUAAUACUCUCACUCUUUAUUGCUCUCUCCAUGUGAACCCUUCAACUUAACUCCGCCAACUUCUCAGCCUCCCCCAUACUUCUCCUGGCUUUCUCAGCCUGUGAAGCAAGCGCCGGCCUCGCACUACUUGUUGCCACUGCCCGCACUCACGGAACAGACCGACUCCAAAACCUAAAUCUUCUACAAUGCUAA